UCCCAUCCUCCAAUGUGGUUUCCACUGAAAGUGAUGCCACUCUUGGGCUUCUGGCUAGUACACUUGACCAUGCCACCUCUCUUGGGCUGUCUGGUCCUUGAGGUGAAGAAGUUUAAGUUGCUGGACAGCGGUCCUUGAGGCUGACCUGACGUUGCGAACCAUGAUGGAGAAUAGGAUGCGAGGAUGCAGGAAGGAGAGAGGAGGGAAGGAGAGAGGAGGGAAGGAGAGAGGAGGGAAGGAGAGAGGAGGGAAGAGGAGGAGGCGGGAUGGGGUUGGGGUGGAGUUUUAUGGGCAUUCUUCUUGGUAGGGGCUGCAUCUUCUUUUCCGUUUCCACUUUCCAAGGACCGAAUGGAUGGAUGGCCACAUUUCCUUUUCUCUUUCCACUUUCCAAGGACCGAAUGGGGAUGGCCACAUUUCCUUUUUUUCCCACUUUCCAAGGACCGGACCGGACCGGACGGACAAACUAACCUCUUGCUGCUAAUUACAGCUAGUUACCGACGUCGAAUACAAGCAGUGGUGGUGGUGGCAGUCGUGGUGGUGGUUUGUGGAUUGAUUGCUGUAAGUAAAUCCGCUGUCCUGCCCUGCCCUUGCCUGUCCCCUGUACCGUUACCGUUACCGACCGUUACAUGCUGCGACUAACUUGAUUAGGCGCAACGCUUAUUAACUAAUUGCUGUCAGUAAGUCUACUAUCUCCCCUCUCCCCUAUCUAACUCUCUUUUACUGGCCUAUUGGGGG